AUGCCAUCAACAACUUCUUCACUGCGCAUCGCCAUUGUCGGGGCUGGCCCUGCCGGGCUGACACUCUGUCUCCUACUUCACGCCCGUGGAAUCAAAUCGAUUAUUUUUGAGCUUCGCCAGAAGCCCACCGAGGAAGAGCUUUCCAAACCAUCGGGGUGUUUAGAUCUUCACCAGGAAUCCGGUCUCGCUGCCAUCAGAGAAUGUGGAUUGUGGGAGGAAUUCAUCCAACUAACGGGGGACUGCAGCGAGGCGCAGAAGGUUACCGAUAAAGAUGGUAUCAUUCUGCACGAGGAUCAAGGGGAGUUGAGCGAUCGCCCAGAGAUAUCUCGUCAUGCAUUGAUCAAGCUGCUCGCCUCUCAUCUACCCGAGGAUUCCAUCAGAUGGUGUCAUAAGUUAAUGUACGCGACAGAGAUUCAAACUACCGCCGGAACCAAGGUGCAGCUCGACUUUGGUGUCCAUGGAAGACACUUUGCCGACUUUGUUAUAGGAGCCGAUGGAGCCUGGUCCCAGGUUCGGAGCAUGUUGACUACGUUGAAGCCAUACUACGUGGGCACUCAAAAUAUCACCCUUACUAUUCAGCAAUUGACGACGAAAUAUCCACAUCUAGACGAUCUGGUCGGCCGUGGGAGCUUCUCCGCCUUGGGUCUUCACCAUGGGGUCAUGUCCCAGCGUGGACCACUGGACUCGGCGAGGAUUUAUGUCUUCUUGACGACCCCUGAUGAACAGGCGGCCGUCACCUUGGGUCUUGCAAAUCAGCCAGCAUCGGCAGCAAGGGAAAUGCUUUUGACAAACAACGCACUCCUCGGGCAGUGGGGUGAAACCAUGAAAGACUUGGUGGCUGUUGCCUGUGAUGAGGAAACGAUGGAUAACCCGGAUGCCCCUAUUGAUAUCCGCCCUCUUUAUACACUUCCGAUCGGUGCAUCGUGGGAUCAUAAUCCAAGUGCAACUCUCAUUGGUGACGCGGCACAUCUCAUGUGUCCGUGGGCCGGGGAAGGUGUCAACCUUGCGAUGUUGGACUCACUGACCCUGGCUCAUGCAAUUGCCGACGCGGUUCAGUCAGCGGAACAAACCGGUCCAUCAUUUCGCUGGAGACUCAGUCCACUUCUGAAGAAAUGCGAGCAGACGCAGGCAUCCCGAGCCAAGGAAAAGGCAGAGGAAACCGAGACUAACGGGAAGAUGUUAUUUUCAGAGAACGGAGCCCAGGAAUUUGCGACAUUCUUCCAAUCCGUGUAUGGCAGCGUCUCAAAAACACCCGAAACGCAUCACGACGAAGCGGAAAGAGGUAAUGUGGACGACACGAUUCGGGACAAUCAUUCCCCUUAUAACGCAAAACGAAAUGACUCGUUCCCUACAGUAGGUGAAACCCGCCGCCGUCCAUCAAUGGCGCCCAAGGAUCAAGCUGAGAAACCAAAAAGUCACCAGGAACGUCCGAAGAAAACUCGCAAAUCGAGCCGCAAGGGAAUGCCCCAGAAUGCCCCAGAUCAAACCGCGACACCCUCCCGAACCGCCCACACGCAGGCUGACCCUAAUACGUUUACUGCCAGAGGUUUAGACAACCGGGGCAAUCCCGUCAUGAGCAACAAUCCCAAGCUGAUGUCGGGCGAAUGCCAGCGUGCCUUUGACGUGGCUAAUUCAGGAUGCUGGCCAGAUGUUGACUGGCGCGAGAUCAACGGCAAGCCUCAUUAUCGUGUAGCAACUAAUCAGUUCGCUUUCCGUGCCAUUUGUGGACAGAGAAUCGGCGAGGCGGCUCCAUCAGGCCAGGGCUGCACCACCUGUCAAGACGGACAUGGCCCUUUUGCGACGUGCAAAAUCGCAUAUUUGCCUCAAGUCUCCGACAUCAAAGGGAAGAUCUUGCCGUCUAAGGCAUUGUUCGGCGGUGGCUGUAUGGGAUGUGGCCUUAGUGGUGCUGGAAAUAGAUGCUCGCUGCGGCGGACCACUGAGCCACAAUGGGUGCGAGAGUAUUUCAUGGAGAGAGUUCCGAGUCUUCAAUUGAGUGUGCAGUUUGCUCGCAAACCGUAUCCAAAUCCCCCCUGCAUCUGUCCAAGGGCAGUCACAAGAGCAGCCGCAGGAAGUGCAGCAACGAGGUGCCAGCACUCCGACCGGCGAUACCCGCUCAUCUUCUGGGGUCAUCACACUAACUGCCUCGCCGGCAUCAUCACCAACCGUGCUCGCUCCAAGUCCACAGCGUCGCUGCUCAACUUUUACUACCACAAGCCAGGGGCAGGUCAUGUCUCUCCCACCGCCGGGUGCCCGAUACAUAUCACCCCUCAAUGA